UUUAUAUUUAAAUUAGCUUCCAUGCUGAAGUACAGACCUGUCUCACACUCAUCUUCAAAUCAAGGAUUCUCCCUCUGCGUCUUCAUCUCACUUGUGUGAGGGUUUUCAGUGCUGAUGGGUGGAAGCUGCGCUGAAGGUCAGUACCGGGAUGCCUUGGUGGGGUGUAUGGACUGUCAGGGGACAUGUCAGAAACCACAUUUAAUCAGCACAUGCAGAAAUUUCUGUGAGGCUGUAAAUUGUAAGAUUCAGCCUGGCCACUACUACGAUAAGCUGCUAAACAAAUGUAUAGCGUGCAAAGACAUCUGUGGCACGCAUCCACCAGAAUGCAACGUGCAGUGCCAGACUGAAUUUACCGUGGGACCCUCCACACUGAAAGACUCUGAUCUCAUCAUCUACUCAGUGCUGGCUGUGUGCCUGGCGCUGCUGCUUUCUAGCUUGUUUCUAGCCCUUGUAGCCUUUCUUAGGGGAGGCAAGGCUAAAACCUCUACCCCAGGAUCCACACAGGGCAAUAAAUCCAAGAAGAAGAGUGAGGGCAGGCCAGUCAAGGAGACCGUCUUCCCAGCUAAACAACUGGGAAAAAUCUCUAAAGAUCUUCUAACAUCUCCAAGCUGCUCCGUUAACCUCGAGCCAUCAGAUGACUCCCUGCCAACAGAGACCUGCGUGUGCGUCCACUGUUUCCCCGACAUGAACAUGCGAGGCCAGGCCACGAGCAGGCCGCUCAGAGACUCUUCCUUGUUCUACCAGCAAGCUGUCCUCCAAAGAGCCCAAAACCAAUACGGGGGGCCUUGCUGGACCGAGCCGAGCUUCCAAACCUACGGCAUGAAGGUCCAGGAAGAGGCAGCGGUGGGAUGACGUUAUCUGGGCUCACUUAAAGAAAAGUGUCUUGCAAGGAAACUGGAAUUCAUAAAUGUGUCCCUGACACAUUAGAGAAGGUUGUCGGUUUACUGAAUUUUUGUUGGGAGAAGGGAAAAAAAAAAAAAAAAAAAAAAGAUUGCUGCAAAUACAUCACAAUAUGCAACAAAGUACUUGUAACUGAAAUGUGGUCAGUCCAUGAAAAUGAAUCAGUCAGUCUUUCAGCAGUAUAAAAGAUGGGUUUGAAAAUACUUCACUGACCACCAGGGUGCAAAAUCGAUAAGGAAAAGGCCCUCAGCCCCGACCUCAUUAAACACUUUUAAUCACUUUCCUGAUAAUUUUAUAAACUCAUCACUCAUUUGGGAUCACAUUUAAAAAUAUUAAGUCCUUUUUGGUGAUUCUAAGAGUCACAAAGGAGGAUUAUCCAGGGCGUGAUCACUGGCUAACGACCUGCUGCCCCUCCCCUCAUCACACAGGGCUUCUCGAGGCUUCUUAAGGGGACUUCACGAGCUAGUUUUUGACCUCUCGGUGGCUACGCCCAUCUUUUAUACUGAAUCAUUUUUACUAUGUUUAAUAAGACCAUGACAAAUUUGACCUUUGCCCCUGAACUACAUAAGCCUGUCAAAAAUUGUCGUUUUUUUAAAGGACUCCUCAUUACCUACAUUUUGAUAGCUGGCUCAUCUUCAUACUAUAAAAAUCAUCUGAUUCUGAAGGAGUCAGUUGGGAAUGUUAAUUUUUGAUUUUUUUCAGAUUUUUAUACAGAUAGACCCAGUUGUGAAAACAGCGAAUUAAAGCGAAGUAACAGCAGGAUGUUCAGGUUUCCCUUGAGUGCAGGAAGCAUCACUGAAAAAACACACUUUAACAUGAAAUACAUCAUUAUGCUUCGCUCCAUAUUUUUGCUUAUGAAACAUGCUUUUUGAUUUUUUUUUUGUUGCUUUGCUUUUGUUUAAUGACAUGAACGUAAAAAAUUCAUCAGGCUCCAUAUUGCAAUCGCUAUAAUGAAGAAAUAUUGACUGUUUUUUUUUCUUUAAAGUCAGCCUCAGAGCUCUUUCUAACAGUAACACAAACAGCUGUGGUGUAGUCGCCGACUGUCCAACCAUCUGCUUGGCUUAUAAGACCAAAAAGCUGUGGUUCUUCACAGGAAGAUAAUAUUUUUAUGCUCCACUCUGGAGACAUUUGUUUGUUGCUUAAAACAUGGCAUGCAUAAAAAAAAAAAAAAUGUUACAGAUUAAUCAAACUUUGUAUUUCUGUUUGCAGUAACAAGUAUUGCAGUUAAAAUUUAAUGAAAUUAUAUAUAUAUAUAAAAAAUAUAUCUUCUGCUGCCACCUCCAAAUCAUCAGCAGUGUGUCGAGCACGAGUUCUUUCUGAACUGCUGCUGUAACUGGUUAGAUGAUGGGCUGCAGCUGCUUCUCUAUCUCAUUAUAUUUAACACUUACAAGUGCAACUUUGUGACAUCACAACCUGUUUUCAAUACAAUUGUCGAUGUUCAGAAGCAAAAAAUGCUACCAUCUAAUAA